AUGGCGUUCUCAUUCAGAUAUUUCCUACUGCUGUGCCUCGUCGUCCUGGUCUUCGCUUCCCAGGCGCAGGCUUUCGGCGCGGGGAACAUCGCCUCCAUCUCGGCCAUCGAAGGCAAGAAUUGGCGCCAUGGUGACAUCGAGGAUAUCCUCAAGCAGGUGCAGUGCAUUCGUCACCAUAAAUGGAAUUCCAUGAUGAUGAAAACAGAUGUGAAUAGCAACUGGCUGCGCGACUACUCCCAGGCUAUGGACACUGGUGCCUUGAAGAAGGCUCAGCCUGAGACAAUUCGAGUACUGGUCUGGUUACUGUCGUUCCUGGGAUUCGGCUAUGCGACUGCAGAGUUCGAGGUAACUAGAGAAAGGCUGGGUGUCUAUCGGCCAGAGGAGCACAUUGACAAUCCCAAGGACUAUAACGACAAUGAAGAUGCUAGGAAGUUCGAUGAACGUCUCCGCGCACCUGUCCGUGACAUCGAGUUGGGCAUUGACAUGUCCACCGGUAUGAAGAACUACAUUGCCGCCAAAGGCGACUGGGCCACCAGCGCCGCCUUCGUCAAGUGGAGCUUCGAGCGCAGCAUCCAUCACGGACGACAGUAUUGUUCCGGCCGCGGCAUCUUCAAAGGCAAUGACGACGAACUCGCCGAAGCCUGCCGUCUUUUGGGUCAAGGCUUACACACUCUAGAAGAUUUUGGUGCCCACACGAACUACGUCGAACUUGCGCUGCGCGAGCUAGGCCUGCAUAACGUCUUCCCUCACGUUGGUGAGCGAUCAAUGAUCAACGUUCAGGGCAAACACAUCUUCCCACUCGUCACAGGCACCUUUGGAAUGAUCGAUUUCUACCACUCAGUCCUUGGCGAAGCGACCGAUCAUUUCACGCAGAGCGAGAUCAGCGAGAUGGACAAUGCUAUGGGCAUGGCCGAGACUGCUGCGCAAUCAAAUAACCCUCUAAUGACGUUGGUCAAGCUCUUGUCGAAAGUGCCAGGGACGAAAGAUCUCUGUGACGAAGCUCAGCGUCUGCAAGCCAACUCUCAGCGAGCGCGUGAAGCAAAUCGAUCGGCUGGAGUCGGUGAAUCGUCACGUGGCAUGGAUGAUGGCUAUAGCUCCUCCCGUGCCGGCCCUGGUGACUGGAAUCAAGGCUACCAGCAGCAAGGCUACAACCAAGGCUACCAACAGCCACCUCAGGCCCACCAGCAGCAUUCAUGGGGUGACCCGGCUUAUGAUCAAUUUAUACAGAGCCAGCAACAUGGUCAGAGCCAGCAGCACAACCAAUGGCAACAGCCGCCUCAGCAGGGUGGCUGGCAGCAGCCUCAGCAACAAUGGGCCGGCCAGCAGCAAUCCUGGCAACAACCUGCUGAACUCCCAGCUCAAACCAACUGGAACCAACCCCCUCCUACCACCCAAACGCAAUCGACUCCUGCCCAACCUCAGCAGAAGCCAGCCGGUGGCGCUUCGUCGGCGGACGGCAAAGUCGACGGCGGCAUAGAUCCCGGCAAAAUUGUCCAGCAGAUCUAUCCCAUUCUUGCCUUUCGCGACAAAGUUGUCCGAGCCAUCUCGUCUGUCAUCGAGAAGAUUCCCGGUCUGGAAGCCCUGGUCGAGCGGAUCGUGGAGACACUCACAGUCUUCAUCCUCUCAUUGCUCGCACCCAUCGUCCGACCACUCAUCGAAGUCCUCUCCAAGACUCUGCAGACCGGGUCCGAGGGCGUCAUCGCCAGCAACGGCAAGCAUCAAUUCGAUGUCUGGAACGACCCCAGCUCUACAGAUCCCACGCACAGCAUGCUGAGCAAAGACCACUUCAGUAACAUCCUCAAUUCGCCCGCUGGCGCGGUCGCGGCGGAGAUUUUGAAAUUCAUCGCCCCGCGUGUUCUGUAUGCAUGGGAGCACCCUGAUGUCCCUGUUCAGCAGGUGCUGGCAGACGUCGACGUCAUCUUCCACCACCCGGCGCUGCGCAACGAGCGCAUCGAGUGCCAUCGCAACAUGUUCAAGGUGGUGCAGGAUUGGGUGCAUAGUCGCUCGGAUCGGGGCCGUGGCCUGGACCAGCUGCUCAGCAGCCAGUCAGUAAAGGACGGGAAGAACCACAAAGCUGGCGUCAACGAUCACAACAUGGUUGACCACCACACGAUGAACCAGCAACAAAUGCACAACGCCGCCUCAGGCGCCAACGCCGGCGGCAUCAUGAGCAUGCUAGGUGGCGGCGGGGGCGGCUCAUCCCAGCACCAACAAGGCGGCGGUGGCCACCAAUCCUCCUCCUCCCCGUUCGGCAUGGUCGGCGACCUAGUCGGCAAAUACACCGGCCAAAGCAGCGGCGGCCACCAGUCCUCCUCCGGCGGCUACGGCGGCGGCAGCAGCAGCAGCAGCCACGGCAAUCAAAGCCACCAUCAAGGUGGUGGCGGCGGGUUGGGUGACAUGCUGCACAUGGCGGAGAAACUGCCCGGCGUGGGCGGAUAUGCGCACAAGCUGAAUAAAUUCGGGCUUGGUGGUGGUAGUGGUAGCGGCGGCGGCGGUCUAGCGAGUUUCCUUGGUGGUGGUGGUCGGCGCGGUCUCGAUGAUGAGCCUGGCUCCAGCCGAGGCGGCAUUGAUGAUCGUGAAGUCGGUGUUGGUGGGCAGCAGACGCAUUUGUCCGGCGGGUAUGCUGGCGCCGGCGCUGGGACGUAUGAAGGUGCUGGUGCCGGUGCCGGUGCUGGUGCUGGCAGUGUGGAGCAGCGGAGCCGUAGUCCGAGUCCUAUGCCUCUACCGCCUCCGCCGGGGUAUGAGAGCUAUACGGGUAGGGGCCUGGAGUAUGAUGGGCAGACGGCUGCGCCGGCUGCUUAUGGCGGCGGCGGCGGUGGUGAAGCGGCGUAUGGCCAGCAGGGUGGUUAUGGACAGGGCGGGUAUGAACAGCAGACUGGGUAUGGCCAGCAGGGCGGGUAUGGGCAGGGGCAGCAGGGUGGUUAUGGCCAGCAGACUGGGUAUGGACAGCAGGGUGGCUACGGUCAAGGUGGCUACGGUCAAGGUGGCUACGGCCAAGGACAGUAUUACUGA